AUGAAGAAUCUGGAAAGUGCUCGAGGCGAGGAUGAACUGAACCGGAUCGAAUAUGCCCUCGAUGAAGGUGGCGAGCUGGACUCUCGUCACCCCGAAUUCUUCGAGGUCUUCAACGCUGAGAUCCAUCUACAACACCAGCGUCUCUGUAUCCGGAGGACGUGUGUCAAGGUCGGGGAACGGAAGAGGGUGGAGCAGCGACCCGUCCACAUCAGGUCCACGGACAGCGAACGUGACGAAGAAGCUCCCAACCCCGAGGACCUCCUGCCCCGGCUCGUCCAGCAGCCGCACGGGGCAUUCCUCGACUUCGUCCACCUCCAACGAACACGAUUCCUCGAUUCUGCUCGAAAAUACUCCACACUUGCUCACCGAACAGACACAUGGGUCCGCUUCCGGUCCUCAGUUCAUAUUUUCAUUUCCUUAACAUUUCACAUAAAAUUUUACAUUUCAAAUUCAAUUAAUAAGACUGUUUCGGCCAUAGCGGUGGUGGAAGGUAGAGGCCAGGCGAGAGGAGAGAUCGGGAUCGCGGCUUUAGACCUCCGAAAUCCCCAGCUGACAUUGGCCCAGUUCUCGGAUACUUCCACCUAUGUGAAGACUAUCACCACCGUCGCUUUCUUCGAACCCUUAGAGGUAACGAGCGGGAUCGAUAUGAUACUGAUACCUCAUACGGCAUGGGAGGGGAGCCUGAAGACUCCUUUGGUGGAGACCCUGACGAACCGGUUCCCUAGGGUCACCAAGAGUGCAGUCCAUCGUCGAUUCUUCAACGAGACCAAGGGCAUGCACUUCUUCCUUCACCUCUGCGCUCCUGAAUAUGCCCACAUCAAGAUCGUCAUCAUGCAGAAGUAA